AACACCGAAGGCAGCGACGACCUCUAAACAACCUUUUGGGGUCUCGCUAGCCAUGUCUCGCUUAUUUCACUUUGGAAUUUCACGUUGACGUCGCCGUCGCCGUCAGCAGAGGCAGCAGAAGCGUUUCGAGCCGAAAAUAAAAGCGUCAAGCGCUCUCCUCCAGUGCAGCAGCAGCAGCAGACCCAGCCAGUAGCCAGUUACCUCCCAGAUUCAGUUUCCAGUUCGAACUACACUCGAAUCUCAAAAAUGACCACCUACUUCAACUACCCCAGCAAGGAGCUGCAGGAUGAGCUUAGGUGCAUCGCACAGGCCAUCGUUGCCCCCGGCAAGGGUAUCCUCGCCGCUGACGAGUCCGUCGCCACCAUGGGCAAGCGCCUGCAGGACAUCGGCGUGGAGAACACCGAGGACAACCGUCGCGCUUACCGUCAACUGCUCUUCUGCUCUGACGACAAGCUCGCCGAGAACAUUUCUGGCGUUAUCCUGUUCCACGAGACCCUCUACCAGAAGACCGAUGAUGGUACUCCCUUCCCCCAGGUCCUGAAGAAGAAGGGCAUCAUUCCCGGUAUCAAGGUCGACAAGGGUGUUGUCCCAUUGUUCGGCUCUGAGGACGAGGUCACCACCCAGGGCCUCGAUGAUUUGGCCGCCCGUUGUGCCCAGUACAAGAAGGACGGUUGCGACUUCGCCAAGUGGCGUUGCGUGCUGAAGAUCGGCAAGAACACCCCCUCUUACCAGUCGAUCCUGGAGAACGCCAACGUUCUGGCCCGUUAUGCCUCCAUCUGCCAGUCGCAGCGCAUCGUGCCAAUUGUGGAGCCUGAGGUUCUGCCCGAUGGUGACCACGAUCUGGACCGUGCCCAGAAGGUCACUGAGACCGUUCUGGCUGCCGUAUACAAGGCACUGAAUGAUCACCACGUCUACCUGGAGGGAACUCUCCUGAAGCCCAACAUGGUCACUGCCGGACAGAGUGCCAAGAAGAACACUCCCGAGGAGAUCGGUCUGGCUACCGUCCAGGCUCUGCGCCGCACUGUACCCGCCGCCGUUACUGGUGUGACCUUCCUGUCUGGUGGUCAGUCUGAGGAGGAGGCCUCCGUCAACCUGAGCGCCAUCAACAAUGUUCCUCUGGGCCGCCCAUGGGCCCUUACCUUCUCCUACGGUCGUGCCCUGCAGGCCUCUGUCCUGCGCGCAUGGGGAGGCAAGAAGGAGAACAUCGCUGCCGGUCAGGCUGAGCUUCUUAAGCGCGCGAAGGCCAAUUCGCUGGCCUGCCAAGGAAAAUAUGUGGCCGGAUCAAUUCCGUCCUACGCCGCCAAUACCAGCCUCUUUAUUUCCCAGCACAAGUACUAAGCACUUUGCCAAGCACUAAUUCAACUAUGAAUCGCGCGAAGCUCUAUACGCAGAUAUGUUGACGACGGACCGAAGGAUUGACAUACAUUUCACUCGCAAAGGAUCUGCACAUUUGCAUUUUUUACAGACUUUUCAAUACAUAUUACCAAGUAAACUAGCUAUUAAAUGUUUCUUUUGACCAACGGACAAUCUAAUAAAUUAUACAUUAGCCUCAAUACCAUAGUUUUAUCCUUUAUUGAUUUAUUUUAAGUUUUGUUUUCUUUUUAAGCUAAUUCAAUUUUCUCCUAGUCCUUGGGCAGAAAAUUCAAAUGCAUUUCCAUUAAGCCUACUUGAAAAUUUCCAGCAAAACAUUUAAUCAAAUCAACUUCUGCCUGAAAUUAAAUUUUCCAAAACUUUUUCCGUUGGGGGUACCACGAUGUAUCCGGCAGGAUGCGUUCAAGUGAAAAUGCCGCAGGUGGCAGGAUAAAGUUUUUUGGACAGAACAAAAAUCAGAGCGAAAACUUUCGAGCCAGGCAGAAAGUUUGCCGCUGCGGCUUGUCAAGUUUAAAUUAAGUAAUAAUUAAGACCAAGUGUUUGUAUGUAAUUAGGAAUAGUAUUUUCCGGGCAUGCCUGAAUGAAAAUAUUCAAUUUUCCCGCCUUUCUUCUUUCCUCCCGCAGGCCAACGGCGAUGCCUCCCUGGGCAAGUACCAGGCCGGUAGCGCUGGCUCUGGAUCCGGCUCCCUGUUCGUGGCCAACCACGCCUACUAAGAGGCUGGAGGACCUUCGCACACGCAACAACCCACAAUUGUCUAUCUAUGGAGCAAAUGGCUUGAAACUUUUGAUUUUUGGCUAAUUUGUUUCUAUUUAUCUUAGUUUCGAGAGCUAAGCAAAGCAAGCAUAAAAAAUGAAAAAAAAAAUCAAUUACACUUCACAAAAAAAUGUUAAUCAUAAAAGAUAUUCUUAGAUUUGACAACAACAAUGAGUAUGAAAAUGAAAAUGAAUGAAAAAAUAUGUUCAAUGGAAGCCAAGUUUUUAUUUUUAGUUCUAAGCACAAGAAACAAUAAUUGUUGAUGUUAACAAAGUUCUUUUUUAUUAUUAUUAUUAUUAUUAUUAUGAAUAAGCGAUUUCAAUAUAAAAAAGUCAUUUCGUAGAUCGUGAAAAAUAUAAAUAGUGGAGCUUACACCAGUCCCUAUUAACAGAAAGCAAAAUACAACUGAAAUCGCGCAAGCUUUUUAAAUUUUUAAUGUUUACAUGAAGAGUUAUAUAAAAAAAAUGGUCGAUGUUAUUAUCUUUAUUAUUAUUAUUAUUAUUAUUAAACAUUAUAUUUAUGAUUAAUAUGAUAAGUAUGCCCAAAAAAAAAUGACGCAAAUAAAUAAACCCAAUACAAACAACCAAAACAAACCCCCCAGAACAACUCAAUAAUCCUUAAACUCAUAUAUAAUGUUAAAAGAUGAAUUGUUGUUACAAGAAAAACUAACAAACAAAUGAAUAACUUGAAGAUUAUAGAAAGAAGAUUUUCAAAGCUGAACUGGAAUAUCCAGUUGCUUGAAAACUGUGCUGGGGCACAUUGUCGGCUAUUCGGGGGCUCGAUUAUAUUUCUGAGAUCCUCGAAUGGCGUCGGAGAAUAACCAACAAAUAAUUGUCAUUCUUAUUAUAUCACAGCAAUGUAAUUUGACUUGAAUGGCUUAACAAUCAUAUAUAUUUAUCAAUGCAUGUUUUUAUUUAUGUGUUAUUCAAGUUGCAAUUUCUGCAUAUCGUUGUUAAAUAAAUAAAGUUUGAAGUGCAAGCUGAAUGUAUAAUAUUUGCAAAUACAACAUUAUUGAGCAGAA